GCGUUGGUCAGCGGCUGUCUGAGCCCGUCUGCUGGACAGGGUGAGCGUUGGUGAGCGAUAAAUUGACACGUUGUGAGUGGCCAAGGCCCGAAGGCAAGGUUGCUCAGGGCAAUGGCUAGUCAGGCCGUGUUGGCACCGCGCGGGUCGACACAGAGGUGUAAUAUCUGCAGAGCGGGAACGGGUUUGAACGUCAGUCUGAAGAAGAGAGGAAUGCCGAUGGGAGUCGUCUAUGCUUUUCGUCGUUGGGCAAGGGGUGGAGUCAAAGCUGACACGUGGAGCAUCCGUUCGAUGUCCACGUCAUCGCGGGAAAUGCAGCCCUGGAGGAAGCGGUUCUCUCUUGUGCCCUUCCUUGCUCGCCUGUUGGGUUGGAAGGACUUCCAUGGGGUUCCUGCGCUUGAGGGUAGCCGCCGCCUUCUCCUGGCGAGUAAGAGUUUACCGAGGCAGCAAGCGAAGGAAGCUCAUGAAUUGGACGCUGUGACGUCAGUAUUGUCGGACUCUGGAGAUGCGUCAUCAGCUCAACUGUUGACUUUGACUUCGUUGGUGGGAGGCGGAGCUGUCAGUGACCUUGCUACGGCCAGGUCGUCAGCGCUCGCACGGCGUGGAGGUGCUCGUCGGGACCGUGGAGCUGGCUCGUGUCGGGAGCUGGAUAUCGUGCCACCUGCCCUUUUGAUUGGCAUCGGUACCCGAUUGUCGGGAUGCUCGACGGGUUCUUCGAGAGUGAUCACUGCAUCUGCUUCUCGGAGAGAGGGUGUCGACCCGGAAGAGACGAGGAGGGAGGGGAGGGACGAUAGGAGGGAUGGAUCGGACGAAGGUUUGACGGAUAAAGUGCGAGAGACCGUGUCUGACGUGAAAGAAAAGCUUAAGGAGAAGGUAGAAGAGUUCAAGGAGAAGGUGCAAGAAAUGAAGGAAGGGGGAAAGGGGGAAAGGGCAGAAAUGAGGGAGGGAGGCAGUCCAGGCGGGAGGUCAUCUGCUGGGGAUCCCUCUGCAUCUGCGAUGGAGGGUGGGAGUACGCAGUCCACCGGUGGUAGGACCACCGAGGGGUCAGCUGGGAAGGCAGUAGAGGGAUGGGAGAGGUGGGCUUCCCAAGCCGCCGAAGGAACGACGACGAGAGGUGAUGGUCAAGGACAUGGUGGUGCGAAGGAGGCGGGCGGUGUGGAGGGAGUGAGGACUGGUAGGACGUCGAAGGCAGGCAGAGAGAAUGAAGGAUUAGGUGGUGAUCUUGAAGCUGGGAACGCACGUAACGUGUCGACGAGCGGCAGGGACAAUGAAGGAGCGUCUAGGAGAGAGACCGAGGAUAUGGCGGAAUCGCUGAAGGAGAAGAAAGAUGAACUAAAGACGAGAGUCGAAGAGGGGAAGGACGAGCUACGUGAUGUCCUCCUGGGUAGCAGCGGGGUAGGAGCGAAAGUGGUUGCGAAGGUGAGGGAGAUGAAGGAGACCGUGCAGGAAAAGAUAGAGGAUUUGAGCGAAAAGGCGAGGGAGAAGAAGGAAGAGGUGUCGAGUCGGCUGAGAGAGGGGGAGAGGGAAGAGGAGAGCGGAAGGCAGGGAAGAACCGGAAGAGGGGAGGAAGACAGCUACGCGACAACGCGUGGUAGGAGCGACGAGAGGGGGUAUGACGAAGGAAGGAGGACGACGUCGACGAGCGGCGCGGGCGUCGUUGAGGGAAUGAAGGACAAAUUGGUGGGUGUGGUGCAUGGGGUGAAGGAGAGAGUGAGCGAGUUGGGGGCGAUGGUGAGAGAGAAGUUGGGCGGCAGACCUUCGACAACCUUGAGUGGAGGCGUGGAGGAGAGGAGAGGAGAGGGAGUGGAUGAAAGUGCACGUCGUGAAACUGGCCAGGACGUAAGGAGUGCCGCCGGGAGAGCGCGUGAUGAUGCCGAGUACGAGGCUGGCAGAGCUACAAGAAAGGCAGGAGAUAAGGUGGAGGAUGUAAAGGAGAAGGCCGAGGACGUGAAGGAUCGUGCAAGGGAAAGGGCCGAGGAUGCCGAGAAAGGACUGGUGGAGAAAUGGGAGGACACGAAGGAGAGAGUAUCUGAAAAGGCGGAGGACUUCAAGGACAGAGCCGCUGACAUUGAAGACGAAGCGAAGGAAAAGGCGGAGGUGGCGAAGGAACGAAUGGCUGCGAGAAUGGAGGACACGAAGCAGAGAGCCUCCAGUGUGACCGAGCAGGUUAAGGAUAAAGUGGAGGCGAUCAAGGAUCGAAUAGGCGAGACUCUGCAUGAUACGCGGGAGAAGGUAAGUGAGAAAAUGGAGGACCUGAAGGAGAAGAAGGACGAGAUGACGGAACGAGCAGGGGAGAUCUACUUGGCCACGAAGCGGAAGCUUAGGGAUGCAGCAGAUAAGGCCAGCGAUCUCAAAGAGGGUGUGCAGGACAAGGUUGAGGGCGCCAGGGAGAAGGCUGUGGAAGUGAAGGGCAGAGUCGCCGAGAAGAUGGAGGAUGCCAAGGAAAGCCUCAUGGACGCCAAGGAGAGAGUACAGGACAAGGCGAGUGAGCUGAAGGAGAGCGUGGCAGGUAAGGCAGAAGACGCCCAGGAGAAGGCAGGGAGGAUGAAGGACAGGGCAGCUGAUAAAGUGGCUGAUGUGAAGGAGAAGGCAGCGGAGAAGACCGAGGAUGUGAGGGAAAGAGCGCGCCAAGCGAAGGAUACUGCAGCGGACAAAGUGUACGACGUAAAGGAAAAGACGGAGGAUAAAGCCAGGGACGUGAGAGACAAGGCGGUGGAGGGUAAGGCCAGAGCUGGCGAGACGAAAGAGAAGAUGCCUGAGAGAGCAAGUGAAGCGGGAGCAGCAGCCUAUAGAGCAGGCGAAGGUACCAGCACGGGACGCGGGACUGACGACGAAGGAUCGGAUGAGGCCAAACGGAGGGCCGCGGAGAGGGCAGAAGAACUCAUGGACAGAGCAAUAGAGGAAACCGAAGCAACGAGGGAGCAGGCCGCCAAUCUGAGGGAGGAGAUUGAGAUGGAGGAAGGGGAGGAGAAAUCGGGAUCGCGGUCACCGAGAGGGGCUAGCGGUUCUUCGUCUGCAGCAAACAAAGGAGCCACGACAGAGAGAUCGUCGAGGAAGGGAAACAAGGGGACCGGAGAGAGCAAACUGUGAGCAAACUGUGAAUGUUCCCAUAAGGCGACAGUCUGCCGGCAGAUGAAUGGAUGCUUAGGACUUAAGUAGGAAUCUCUCCCUUGUCUCUGGGCGAGUUAGAGAGUUCUAGAGAGAGAGUUCUAGAGAGAGAGUCUAGAGAGAGAGAGAGAGAGAGAGAGAGAGAGAGGUGAAAAUAUCUGGGCGAGUUUGAGAGUUCUAGAGCUCUAGAGUUC